AUGAUGAUUGGUUUUUCCCUAUAUGCUUUAGCAUAUCCACUAAGCUACAUUCCAGUUGCUGUGCUUGAUGGCAUCUUCGUCUACAUGGCCAUCACAUCACUUUACGGAAACCAACUGUUUGAGCGCAUUCUUUUGCUUGUAACGGAGCAGGUGAGCCCCUGA